GCUCAACUCACAACCCUAAAUUGAUUUAGGUUAGAAAAGAAAAAAGUUGAUUCACUCCCUCACUUCAGCAAAUUAUGUGAGAAGGUACAGUGAUCAACAUGUAUUUUCAAAUGACUUGUGUCAUCUUGACUAACAACCCAUUCAGCAGUUUAGUUGGAUAUGCAAGAAUUUCUCAUGGGUCGGUAUGAGUAUUGUUUCUCUGCAGACACGAUUUAGGAAGAAAGUCCCUUACGCCGCACAACUUUUCCAAACUCUAUCACAGCAUAGGCCUUUCUCUUCUCACAAAUUCAGAAGCCCAACUCAGACCAAACGUUUAGACAAGGCACUCAGGAUUCUAGACAUUAUAACCCCCAAAACAACCGCCCUAACAGAUGGCCAGAACCAUCUUCGUGUCAUUCAGGACUUCUUACAAACACAUUCAAAUAGAACCAGUGAACAACGUUUGAGCAACGAUUUCAUAUCUUCGAACUCAGAUAAUGGAGACUUCAGCGUGUUUGAUGAAAUUCUUGAAUCUUCUUUUAUAAACAAUGAUGAAGAUUCUAAUGCUACGAGCUUGAGUUUCGAUGCGAGUGUUUUGUCGAAUGCUGUGAGUUCUUGUGCGUCCACGCGGGAUCUUCGCGGUGGUAUUCAAUAUCAUUGCUUGGCAAUAAGUACUGGCUUUAUCGCCAAUGCUUAUAUUGGAAGUUCUUUGGUUACUUUUUAUGGCAAAUGCGGUGAAUUGGAUAAUGCUUACAAAGUGUUCAAAGAAAUGCCUGUGAGAAAUGUGGUGUCAUGGACAGCCAUCAUUUCUGGGUUUGCACAGGAAUGGCAGGUUGAUAUGUGCUUACAGCUAUAUUGUUUAAUGAGAAAUUCAACACUGAAACCCAAUGAUUUCACAUUUACUAGUCUUUUGAGUGCGUGCACUGGCAGUGGAGCUCUUGGGCAAGGUAGAAGUGCUCAUUGUCAAAUAAUUGAAAUGGGUUUUGUUUCAUAUUUGCAUAUAGCCAAUGCUCUUGUAUCAAUGUACUGCAAAUGUGGGAACGUCGAGGAUGCAUUUCACAUAUUUGAGAACAUGGUUGGCAAAGAUAUCGUGUCAUGGAAUUCAAUGAUUGCUGGCUAUGCUCAACAUGGGCUAGCAGUGGAGGGGAUUGGGCUUUUUGAAAGGAUGAAGAGUCAAGGGGUGAAACCUGAUGCUAUUACUUUUCUUGGUGUUUUAUCUUCAUGUCGGCAUGCAGGUUUUGUUGAAGGAGGAAGGAAUUACUUCAAUUCAAUGGUUGAAUAUGGUGUGAAGCCAGAACUAGACCACUAUUCAUGUAUAGUUGAUCUUCUUGGUCGUGCUGGAUUACUGGAGGAGGCUCAAAAUUUUAUUGAAAGGAUGCCCGUAUCUCCCAAUGCUGUUAUAUGGGGUUCACUAGUAUCUUCCUGCAGGCUUCAUGGGAGUGUUUGGAUUGGCAUACAGGCUGCAGAGAACACGCUGUUGCUGGAACCAGAGUGCGCUGCUACCCACGUGCAGUUGGCGAAUUUGUAUGCUAGUGUGGGAUUCUGGGAUCAGGCAGCUAGAGUGAGAAAAUUGAUGAAGGAUAGAAGACUUAAAACAAAUCCUGGCUGCAGCUGGAUUGAGAUCAAGAAUGAGGUUUAUAGAUUUAGAGCAGAAGACUGUUCAAACACUAGAGUAAGCGAAAUACAUAAUGUUUUGGAUUGGCUGGUAGAUCACAUGAUAACUUUAGGACGUACGCCUGAAAUGCAAGAGGUCAGUGAAGCUAUACACGAUAAUGUGUGUCCAUAAGCUCCCAUCUUCAUCAGUAGUACGCGUCAUGCAAAAUGACCCUUGCGUGUACUUGUGUACUUGUGUUAAUGCCUUGUUUGUGGGAGCUGCACGGCGAUGUCAAGAUAAAAACCUGGGUUCUAGGUGGGUGGCCAGCAACGGAUUCUGCAGUGGCGAUACCAUUUUGUCCAAGACGUUGAAAGGUGAAAACACUUGUUUUUGCAGCAAAAGAAUGGAGCUUAAUUUGAUUGCUCUCAACCUUCGUGGAGUUAGUUGCUUGUCUUUCAAGCAAACUGAUCUCAUUUCCACCAUCUUACUUCCAAUAAAACAGCGCUUAUUUGAGGUUCAGUCUCCUUUUUUUGAAGGCUUCACAUCGUCCCAAUUGGAUUUGUAAUACUUAAGGUAUCUUAAUUCACAUUUCAAUUCUUCCAUUCCUAUUCAGCAUACCAAAAUUCAAUA